AUGCGAUUUUACCGAUCUCUAAUUCGUUCGAAGGAAUUACUUGCUCAGGGUAUUCCACCACGUCAAUCUGAGAAAACGGCUGAACAGGAAUUAAAAGAGCGUUCUCUUCAAGUACCCUAUCAUAUGCAUAUAAAUCUUGAAUUAAUGGAGUGUGUCUAUUUAAUAUGUUCAAUGCUGUUAGAAAUCCCCAACAUUGCUUGUUAUGAAUACGAUGUUCGUAGACGUUUACUUUCUCGUUCAUUUCAUUAUCAACUAAAAUUCUCUGAAAAAUCAGCACUUAUUGGACCACCAGAAAAUACUCGAGAACAUGUUGUUGCUGCUUCUAGAGCAAUGUUGAGGGGUGAUUGGAUCAAAUGUCGUGAUUAUAUAAUUAAUGAUAAAAUGAAUGCAAAGGUCUGGAAUUUAUUCCGUAAUUCUGAGAACGUCAAAAAAGUUUUAAUUUCACGCAUUCAAGAAGAAACUUUGCGGACUUAUUUGCUAAUGUAUUCUACAAUUUAUAGCACUGUUUUAUUAACGACUUUGUGUGAGCAAUUCCAAUUAAGUCGACAACGAAUUUAUGCAAUCAUUAGCAAAAUGAUUUUGCAAGAAGAAUUGAGUGCUAAAUUUGAUGAAUCAACAGAUUGUUUAAUAAUGCAUAAAGUUGAACCAAGCAAAUUACAAUUACUUUCUCUUCAGGCUGCCGAAAAGUUUUCUCAAGUAUCCUCAAUUGAACAAACUGGAAGUGGGGGAGGAGGAGGACCAACUUCUUUGGCUGGAAUUAUGCCAGCAGAUAAUCGAAGAAUGUAUGGAGGAGCUGAUAAAAGAGGUGGUGGUGGAGUUGGUGGUAGUGAAAGGAUUGGUGGAGGUUUGGAAUUUUUAAAAUUUUUUUUAAAUUUUGAGAGGAUUUGGGGGAAAGAGGCUGGAGUAUUUGGAAUUGGUCCAAAAAAUAUUUUUCGGAAGGGAGGGAAAAUUUUUCAAAAUUUUUUUUUAAUUUUUUUAAAUGUUGGGAGGUUGUGAAUCCGGAUUUUAUUAUGUAUGAAAAUAUUUUCUGGAGGGGAGGGCGGCUAAAAAAUUUUUU